GCCAAUCGCGCGUCGAGCUCACCAAACUGACGUGCGUCUCCACCAAUGGGAAGCCAGAUCUAAAAGUAAUCAGUCCUGCCUUCGCGGAGAAUGCCAGAGAUACUCUGUAAUGGCGACAGGUUUGCCCGCCCAGCUGACAUGUUAUAAUAUGGUGUGGGAAGUGAAAACUCAGUCUGUCCCUCAAAGAGUCCAGGAAGUCCAGACACAGAGCUCAGGUAUGGACGAGGCCUUCGAUUUGCUGAAAUGCAAUGAGCGCCUGCCCUCCUCACCUGGCUGCCCUUCUAACGAGAGUCACAUGGAGUACGAUGACCUGCCUGAGCUGCAGGAGGUGCAGGAUGACCAGUCGACCCCGGGUGUGUUCCAGGUGGCCCCGGGCGUGUCGCAUCACGAGGAGGGGCCCGUCGAGGGCCGGAGCUCCAGGCCUGAGGGCAACGUUUCACACACAAACUGGCUGACCGAGCUGGCCAACAUCGCCACCAGCCCUCAAAGCCCCCUGCUCCAGAACGCCCCACACAACCGGUCUUCUCCUGUCCACAUCUUCUCCAACAGUAGCAGUUUACAUUCCUACGCUAGACCCCCUCUGUCUUCCAGCAGCGCCCCCAGUCCCGCCCGUAGCCACAUGAGAGAACGCCGCCGCACCAGGGCCAGCAGCGAGUCAGAGUCAGGCAUUUUCUGCAUGUCAUCUCUGUCUGAUGAUGAUGACAUGGGAUGGUCCCAUUCCUGGCCCUCCACUGCCUGGCAUUGCUUCCUGAAAGGAACACGUCUACGCUUCCACAAAGGUCUGAACGUGGAGUGGCAGGAUGCAGAGGACGUGAUGGAGUCGGAUGAAGAUUCAGAAGACGAGGGAGGAACACAGCCCAACCCAAUGAAGAGUUACGGCUCUGAUGGGCUAAAGCUGGUGGUCUUUGAGGAGAGUGUGUCUUUCGGCCAGUCUGUCCUGAAAUUAACCUUUGACCCCGGUUCCUCUGAAGCAGGGCUUCUGACCGCUGAGUGCAGUUUGGGCCAUCCGUUUUUUGUGAAAAAUAAAGGGUGGUCUUCUUUCUAUCCGAGCCUUACUGUUGUACAGCAUGGCAUUCCCUGCUAUGACAUGGAGGCUGGAGACUUGUGUCUGCCACCAGGACACCGCGACGCCAUCAACUGUGACGACUCAGUCGUUUUUGACACUUUUAAGAGUUAUGACUUCACCCCUCUCGACUCUUCCGCCGUGUAUGUUCUGAGCAGUAUGGCACGCCAGCGUCGGGCAUCCCAGUCCAGCGGGGGCGCUGUGAGUCCCGACUGCGACAAACUUGAGGCCCUCGGCUCCUCCCAUCACUCCCCCAGCAGCAAAUCACAGCGCAGCCACGCCUCAGGAAGCUCUGGAGCCACACCCACAAAGUGCAAGCGGCCAAUGAAUGCCUUCAUGCUUUUUGCCAAGAAGUACAGGGUGGAAUAUACACAGAUGUACCCCGGCAAAGACAACAGAGCCAUCAGCGUGAUUCUGGGCGAUAAAUGGAAGAAGAUGAAGAAUGAGGAGAGGAGGAUGUACACCAUGGAGGCCAAAGCUCUGGCCGAGGAGCAGAAGCGUCUCAACCCUGACUGCUGGAAACGCAAGAGAACAAACUCGGGCUCUCAGCAAAACUAGGCUAAGUAUUGUCAAAGAAAAAACAUGAACUGGACAGCAGGAGACGGACACUGACACACAUUCUCUCGAAAGAAUGACAAACUGCAACUGUGAUGCUACACGCACUUGCUUUAGGAAAAAAAAAUGAAGAAAAACAAUUUAUCAUUACAACGAAACAUCUUCACGAGAAGAAUUGCGAAAGAGAAAUUACAUUUAAAAAAAUAUAUGACCGAAAGGCAAAUGAUAUAAUUAUAUGCAAUAUAAAAUAUAAUCUAGUCAACUAACUGUGCUUACGUAUUUUUCUUAUCCUUUCAAAAACAACAAAAAAGCCUUACUCUUCCAAAGCAAGACAAC